AUGUUUGGAAGAAGCCCAUUCUUGAGGGAGCUAUUUAGGCGUUCCACCACGAACUGCAACCGACAAAGUGUAUUGAGAUCGAGUUUUUUGCCAGGACCAAUUGGACUUCUUGUUGGUGGAGCUUUGGCCGGUGUUGGAGGUUACUAUUUACUUGAUUCGCGCUCCUCAAUUCACGAGUAUGUGAUUUGUCCGCUUAUAAGAACAUUCACUGAUGCAGAGCAGGGCCACAAACUAGGAAUUGCGUUCUUGAAAUAUGGUCUCGCUCCUAGACUCUUGGAUGAAGGCAUUAACGAUCAAAGCGAUGUGUUGGGUGUCAACGUGUUCGGUCACAAUUUGAAAAACCCAAUAGGAUUGGCUGCUGGAUUGGACAAGGACGGAGAAGCCAUAGACUCAUUGUUUAACACAGGAUUCUCUUAUGUUGAGAUCGGUUCCAUUACACCUGAGCCGCAACCGGGUAACCCUACUCCCCGCUUCUUUAGAUUGCCACGAGACGAUGCUGUCAUCAAUCGCUAUGGCUUUAAUUCGACUGGGCACUUCAAUGUCAUUGCAAGAUUGAGAACUCGUUUCACCAAGUUGUUUGAAAAGUUUGAGAGGUCGCAUACACCUGAUCAAGUGCCAUUUUCGAAUGCUUUCCAACAAGGAAAAUUACUAGGAAUAAAUUUGGGUAAAAACAAAACAGGAGACGAGGUUGAGGACUACGUAAAAGGAGUUUCCAGACUCGGGCCAUAUGCAGACGUGCUUGUUGUGAAUGUGUCAUCGCCAAACACUCCAGGUUUACGUGAUUUACAAAAUGAAUCCAAGCUAACGAAUCUUUUGAAAACUGUUGUCAAAGAGCGUAAUGAAUUGCGCACAAAUUUACUAGGAGUUAGGCCCCCAAUUUUGGUAAAAGUCGCACCCGAUUUGACUGAGCCAGAAAUAGUUUCUAUAGCAAACUCAGCCAAAGAGGCAAAAGUUGAUGGAAUCAUCAUAUCAAACACAACAAUCCAAAGACCAAAGGAAAGAUUAUUAACCUCAGAUGAUGCGUUGAUUAACCAAACCGGGGGACUAUCCGGAAAACCAUUGAAACCCUUGUCGUUGCAGGCGUUGAAAACAUUGCAUAAACACACCAAAGGUUCGGGAUUGGUGCUAGUUGGUUGUGGUGGAAUCUCGAGUGGUAAAGAUGCCUUGGAAUUUGGGAAAGCCGGUGCCACUUUUGUCGAGUUGUAUACAGCUUUUGCAUACAAAGGUCCUGGAUUGGUUGCCAAGAUUAGGGACGAGUUGGCUGGCGAGUUGAGAAAAGAGGGCAAGACCUGGCAGCAGAUUGUUAAUGAAAACACAUAG